UGAGGGGGAGAGCUCGCGGCCAUGGCGGUACCGGUGAGGGGAGGCCGUGGAGGAGGGGGAGGGGGAGGGGGAGGAUCGGCGUUCGGGGGACCCGGCGGCCUCCGCGGCUUCUGCUCCUACAGGGUCUUCAUCUCCGCCAUGUUCUCCCUCCUCUUCCUCGCCACCGUCUCCGUCCUCUUCUCCUCUCGUCGCGAUUCCGCGCCGAGCGAGAAAGGGUAUGUUCACCACACAAUUUUAGCAUUGAACUCCGACCCGCUGAAGACGAGGCUAGAUUUGAUUUACAAGCAAGCCAACGACCACGUCACCCUCGUGAAUGCUUAUGCCGCGUAUGCUAGGAAGCUCAAGCUCGAGAUUUCGAGGCAAUUGAGGUUGUUCGAUGACCUGGCGAAGAACUUCUCGGAUCUCCCGAUGAAGCCGAGUUAUCGGGCUUCCCUGUUCGAGCCGGAAGGUGCGGUGGACGAGGAUGUGCUGAGGCAGUUCGAGAAGGAGGUUAAGGAUAGAGUGAAGUUCGCGAGGUUGAUGAUUGCGGAGGCGAAGGAGAAUUACGAUAAUCAGAUGAAGAUACAGAAGUUGAAGGAUACUAUCUUCGCCGUUCAUGACUUGCUUAUUAAAGCCAAGAAGAAUGGGGUUGUCGCGAGUUCGAUCGCGGCAAAGUCGAUACCAAAGAGUUUGCACUGCUUGGCUAUGAGGCUGGUGGAGGAGAGGAUCGCUCAUCCAGAAAAGUACAGGGAUGAAGAGCCGGAACCUGAGUUUGAAGAUCCAAGCUUGUAUCAUUACGCAAUAGCUUCGGAUAAUGUGAUUGCUGUGUCGGUGGUGGUGAAUUCGGUCGUGAAGAAUGCGGAGGAGCCAUGGAAGCAUGUUUUCCAUAUCGUGACGAAUAGGAUGCUUGUUGCGGCAAUGAAGGUGUGGUUCAAGAUGAGGCCUGUCCAAGGGGGUGCGCAUGUCGAGGUGAAGGCAGUGGAAGAUUUCUCGUUCUUGAACUCGUCGUAUGUACCUCUGUUGAGGCAGUUGGAGUCUGCUAAACUCCAGAAACCUAAUUUUCCGAACGAGGCUGACAAUGCUAAUAAGGAUACAAGCAGCGUUAAGUCAAGGAACCCCAGUGAGUUGUCCAUGCUGAACCAUCUUCGGUUUUAUUUGCCAGAGACGUACCCUAAGCUGCACAAGAUUUUGUAUUUGGACGACGAUGUCGUGGUUCAGAAGGACUUGACAGGGAUGUGGAAUAUUGACAUGGCGGGGAAGGUGAAUGGAGCUGUUGAGACCUGCUUCGGGUCUUUUCACCGCUAUUCGCAUUACUUGAAUUUCUCGCACCCACUCAUCAAGGAAAGAUUCAAUCCGAAGUCCUGUGCCUGGGCUUACGGAAUGAACUUAUUUGAUCUUGAUGCCUGGAGGCGAGAGAAAUGCACGGAAGAGUACCACUAUUGGCAGAACUUGAAUGGAGAUCAGACAUUAUGGAAAUCAGGCACUCUUCCACCUGGCCUGAUCACCUUCUACUCGUCAACAAAAUCAUUGGAUAAGUCUUGGCAUGUUCUCGGGCUUGGGUAUAAUCCAAGCAUUAGCAUGGAUGAGAUUAACCAUGCGGCAGUUAUACACUACAGUGGAAACAUGAAACCUUGGCUAGAUGUUGCUUUGAACCAAUAUAAAAACCUCUGGACCAAGUAUGUCGACAAUGACAUGGAGUUCGUCCAAAUGUGCAAUUUUGGCCUUUGAGAAAGAACUACGCCCUAUCAGACGAGGUAAAAUACUUGGUCAUCAUGAUUCGCCCAUUUCAAAAGUUUUGGAGCCAAUAGUUGUAACCCUGUGAGCAAAGCUCAGUGAUAUGAUCCAUUCUUCAAAUUAUGGAGUCGGUCUUUUUAGAUUUGUUUAAAUUCUUUUUCCAAGAACUCCGUCAAAGUAUAAUCAGCUCGAUUGCUCAAUGUACCUGCUGAACUUUUUUGUCUGAUUAAGACGUUCGUGCAUAUUGACUGAGUCUCAGUUUCUCACUUCA